AUGACAACUGAGGAGGCUACAAAGUUAUACGUGGCAAGGCUCACUGUUAUGAUGCUGCCAUGGCUCGCUCAUGGCCACAUAUCGCCUUUUUCAGAGCUUUCCAAAAGUCUCUCCUCUAGAGGUAUGAUGGUGUAUUUGUGCUCCACUCCUAUAAAUCUUGAUUCAAUCCGAGAAUCAUUGGAUGAGAAAGUGUUUCCUUCCAUUAAAUUGGUAGAGAUACAACUCCCUUCUAUUCCUGGUCUAGCACCACAUAUCCGAUCCACCAAACACCUUCCACCCCAUUUGAUGCCUCUUUUUAAGGAGGCUUUCGACCUUACUGAACCAUAUUUCGAGCAACUACUUGACCAAUUGCAACCUAAUUUGUUAUUUUAUGACAUCUUCCAACCAUGGGUUCCUAAGGUCACACAUCUGCGAAAUAUUCCGUCUUUGUUAUACCAAACCACAUCUGCUAUUUGUAGCGCUUACUUGUGUCAUCUUUUGUUAAGACCUAAUGAGGAAGAGUUCCCUUUUCCAGAGUUUCAUGAUGUACAUAAAGGCUUCAAAGAUAUUUUGAGAAGGAUGGCCAAUGGUGUCUCAAACAGAGAACGCAUUCUUAUGGGCAUUAAACAGGUCUUUGAACUAUAUUACCAUCAAGACUUUCGGCGAAAUUGA